AUGGCUUCUCUGGCAGCCAGAGCGACCCGGGUGACGGCGUUGGGGAGGAAGUCAAUGUUCACAACUUCAACCGCUUCUCGCGCCCUGAACACCCAUGCGACCUCUUACACACUUAACACCGGUGCAAAAAUCCCGGCGCUCGGAUUUGGCACUUUCCAAGAUCCCGACUCCCAGGAAGACACUGUUAGCCUGGCUUUGCAAAAGGGCAUGCGACUUAUCGAUACAGCUCGGGUUUACAAUGUGGAAGAGCAGGUCGGAAAGGGAAUCAAAAAAAGCGGAAUUCCACGUAAGGAGAUUUUCGUCAGCACAAAGUUAUGGUGCAAUGAUUAUCAUCCAAACGAUGUAGAGCGCGCCGUGGAUGAUUCUCUUCGAGAUCUAGACACCCCAUAUGUUGAUCUUCUGUUAAUGCAUUACCCGUGCACCUUUAAGCGAGGCCCUGACCGAUUCCCCCGGGAUGCCGAUGGGAGAAUGGUUGCAGGCGAGACAACGUAUUUGGAUACGUGGAAAGCGAUGGAAAAAGUGACUAGGACCGGAAAGGUCAAGGCAAUUGGAGUGUCAAAUUUCAGUCGAGGCGAAAUUAGCACUUUGAUUAAUGGAUCCUCCACGGUCCCAGCCGUCCACCAAAUGGAGGUCCACCCUUACCUACAGCAAAAGGGGUUUAACGAGUGGCUGCAGACGAAGGGAAUCCACGUUGUCCAAUUUAGCCCACUCGGCAAUAUGAAUGACUUCUAUCGACAAACCGGAUGGUCAAAAGAAAUCUCGCAUAUGAUGCGGGUUAUUGACCAGCCAAUUCUGAAGGAGAUUGGUCAAAAGUAUGGCAAGAGCCCGGUGCAAGUGGUGCUUGCGUGGGGUAUCAACAGUGGCCGGUCCGUCAUCCCCAAGAGUGUGGUCGACUGGCAAAUUGAGGAAAACCUAGCGGCCCACUUUGAGUUGCAGCGUGAAGAUAUGGCUCAGAUAGCAACCCUAGAUGCGAAGGCCCGGUUCAAUGAUCCCAGCUUGGACUACGAAUGGCGUUUGUACAGUGACUUGGAAGGAAUUGACGGUACUAUGAGGGGUAAAACUCAUUAA